AUGGACUAUUCUGGGACCAUACCAGCAACGGGCGUUCCGCCCCCAGCGCCCCCUCCCCCACCCCCUACACUCAACACCUCAAAGAUAUUGGGCUCUAGCUGGAGGACAUCAACCAAUUGUGACAACAUCGGGAGCGUUCAAACCGCCAAAUCUCCGGAAAGAUCGCUUCCAUUUGCCGGCGUUCACCCUGAGACAUUACAGCACGCAGCGCAACGUUUGCGCCCGACCGUCUACCGUGAAUCGCUUUUACCAUAUGAACGGGAACAAUUUUUGGACGGAUCGGAUCAAUUGGCUUCUGGGAGAUAUUGGCAGAAUCAGCCGCAGCAUGACACGUUGGCCCAGCAUCAAACCGGAACAACGGUACAUGCUACGCACGAUUAUUCCCACCAAUCUCCCGCGUUCGGUGUCAACUCCGGAUAUAGCCCUUCGAUGAGUCCAAGUAUACAGCAGCAACAGCAAAGCAGCAAUUUUAAUAGUAAUAAUAAUAAGCAAUAUCAACAAUAUUCAUAUAAACCGCAGCAGAAGCAAAAUAUGGAAAUUAAAAUACCUAUACAAUUAAUUGGGCCUUUACCUGGACAAACUAAUUUUGGACCGAAAACAUCAUAUUCACCAACACCAUCUCCAAUAAAUUCUUUUAUAAAACAAACAUCACAGCAAACUAAUUUUAAUCAUCGUCAAUCACCAUUAUUACAACAGCAACAGCAACAGUCAUCUUCUUCACAACAACAAUUAAUUAAUGACCCAAAACGUUAUAUUCAUGCAUAUGCAACACAAACACCUGUAGCAACUUUAAUGACAGGACAAAAUGGUGGUGGAAUAAGAGAAAAUAAUUUUGGAAGGGAAAAUGAAUUUUUAACGAGUAAUGGAAGUGGAGGAGGUAUUCACUUGAGGAAACAAAAUGUUGAUAAUUUUGUUAAGGAAUUGAGAGAUCAAGGAUUAACUGAACGUCAACGUGUUGCCAAUCAACAACAAAAACCUGUCAAUUAUUCUUCAACUUCAGAACCUCCCCCAUCUUUACAAAAUUUUGUUUCGUAUAAACAAAAAAUUAUUAAUUCAAAUUUAAAAGAAGAAAAUAAAGAAGAUUCAGUUGAUCAAUUAAUUAAAGAAAUGGAAUGGAAAAUGCGUAGUGGUUAUGGAGCUGCAGGGGAAAGUAAGCGAAAUUUUUAA